CUGUACUGAACCUGAUGCUAACAUGCCGGUGUUGAAGUGAAGACGUCCAGCUUUUAAAAUAACCCUUCUUUAGGUUGUGUUUAAGAUGGCGGCCUGUGCCUUGCUGUCCAGACUCUCCCCGCUGCUCAGAGAGCGGCUCGGCUGCAGAGUUCGGUCGUUUUCCUGCGCGGUUCCCUGCUCCCAGCUGCACAGAGCGGAGGGAGCCGCUGGUCUGACCGGCAAAGUGGACCGGUUCGGUGGAGUGACGGUGAACCUGGCAGAGACAGGACUACCAGCGGACAUAAGCGAGCAUGCAUUCAGCAGAUUGCUGCAAGACUCUCUGGUCCGGUGGAAAGCAGAAGGGAAGAUGGCGGUGUGGCUCAGAGUUCCCAUCUCACUAAGCCGAUGCGCAGCUGCAGCAUCAGCUCACGGUUUCACCUUCCAUCACGCUAAAAGUGACCACGCUGUGCUGGCUCUGUGGAUGGGGGAAGGAGAGAGCAGACUGCCCGGGUUUGCUACUCAUCAGGUUGGCGUGGCAGGUGCAGUUGUUGAUGAGUCCACUGGAAAGGUUCUGGUUGUACAAGACAAAAACAAGACCAAGAACGCCUGGAAGUUUCCUGGCGGCUUGUCUGAUCCAGGAGAGAAUAUAGGUGCCACGGCUGUCCGUGAAGUGUUCGAAGAGACGGGCGUGCGCUCAGAGUUCAGAUCCCUGCUCAGCAUCCGGCAGCAGCACCAGCACCCCGGCGCCUUCGGCAUGUCGGACAUGUACAUCAUCUGCCGGCUGAGCCCGAUCACCUACGACAUCAACUUCUGCACCCACGAGUGUCUGCGCUGCGAGUGGCUGAACGUGAGCGAGCUGGCCGAGACCAGCAGCACCACGCCCAUCACCUCCCGCAUCGCCCGGCUGCUGCUGCACGGUUUGGAGCACGGCUUUGACAAGAUCGACCUCACCAUGGAGGAGCUGCCCGCCGUUUACUCUGGGAUGUUUUAUCAGCUGUACCACAGACAGCUCCCUGUUCAUUCAUAGAGCUCAGUUAGUGUUUUAUGGUCCAGUAUUGAUCCCAUUUAGAGACCGGACCGUUAAAACAUGUGUUCAUACUGGAGGUUCUUAGUGUCUCAGGAUAAGUUUUCCUUCCAUGGCUGAUAUAAAAUGCAUUAUUUAU